CCAGGAGGCCAACCACGGGCUUCCUUGCUUUUCCCGCAUCGCAGGUCGGGGCGAGGAACGAGAGCCGCGGCACCGUCUCCACGCCACGCAAGCGGCGCCCGCCCACUUCCUCCUCUGCCCAGCAGCUGCCAGUAUUCCAGCCUCUCCCCCACCGCCCCCUGCCAGGAGAAAGCAGCGGCCGCGUGGGGAGCCAUGGCGGGCACCGUGUUGAAGAUCGCAGGCUCCGAGGCGGCCCUGGGGGGCUCCGGGGGCACCGUGGUGAACAUCACCCUCCGCCAGGAGUCUGGCAUGGCGUACCUGUGUAAGGGCCUGGCGUCCCUGGGUCGCCGCAAAGCAGCCGCCAAGGAUGCCACCGGUGCUCCCCCCGCCCGCCACCCACACGGGGGUGAGCAGAAGGUCUUGGGGGGAGCCCAGAUCCUGCUUGGCGCCGUGUGCAUCGGCCUCGGGGUGAUCCUCAGCUUAACUCCGAACCCCGCGUACAUCGACUACUACUACUACCGCCGUGUAUUGGAUAAUGGAGUCCCUUUCUGGACGGGCAGCCUGUUCAUCCUCUCUGGCUCCUUCUCCGUGGUCGGCGCACGACAUGGCGGCAACUGGGUCCACCUGGCCACCUUCCUCAACCUGGGCAGCGUGGUGGCGGGCUCCGUGGCCUUCGCGUUGGGCUUGGCGGAAUUCCCAUCGCUGACUUACCAACCCCUCUUUGUCGAGAGCCUCUGCAAACACAGAGCGGAGGAACGGGGCUACGAGUCCUGGGGACUGACAGCCAGCCCUUCGUACGACAGCCAGAGGGAGCAUGAGCGGGCCAGGGAGUGCCAGGAGGCGCUCUGGGCGUUCCUGAACAUGUGGAGCAGCAGCCAGAUCCUCCUGUUGAUCCUGCACUCCGCCGCUCUGGCCAUCGCUCUCUUCUGCUUCGGAUACGGCCUGCUCCGCCUGUGCCGCUCCUGCUGGGGGGGCUGGAAGGACUACAUGGCUGUGGAGGAAGCAGACACCCCUCCUGCGCCCGAGGAGCCGGGCAAAGAGCAGAACCCCGCCUGAGGGGCACGGAGAGAAGCCUCUUCCCCCCCCCCCCUUAGGCGCCCUGAGUCUCUCGGGAAUAGGGCGGCAUACAAAUCGAAUAGGUCCAAUCCAAUCCCUGGCUUUUGGCUUUUCCUGGGGAACCGAACGGGGGCCCAGCACGUCCCUGCAGCCGCUCCUGAACUCAGAUGCUCCCUUGGUGGCUUCUCAUGCCAGCCCAC